CGGCAUUGCAGUUAGACUGUGACGUGCGCAAAAGAGAAACAGAUUUUGCAAAACAUCCCAGCUCUUCCGUGAACGGAGGGUGCAGACCAAAGCGAACACCGAAUUAAGUGCAUAAACCGAACUAUGAGGUUGCAUUUAACGUCCUAUCUGACAUGGGUAGUUUACGUGUGUGCAGACCAUGAUGGGUUAAGUCACUUACCAUGCACUGCCCAGGUGGAGCCGGGAGUACCUUACAGAAAAGUGAGCUGGUACAAGGUCGAAGAAGAAGGGCUCGUCGGCUUGGUUUUGAAGAACCUGGAAACUGGGAGGUCGUACCUCUACGGCUCGGCCAACCACAGCUACGCGAUUGGGGAAGACCUCGCGCUCCUCCUGCCCGUCUCGGCAGCGGGGGACUGUGGGAGCUAUCGCUGCACGUUGUGGCCCCCCCUGGGCCAUCAGAUUCAAGAUGGCCUCUCCACGUUCCAUACCGUGGGCUGCCCCAAGCCAAGGAUAACCCCACAGAAGCCAGACAGAAUAAGCCAUUCCUCUGGGUGGGAUCAGAGGGUCUUGACCAUGAUGGUGGGCGUCACAGGAGCAGUAUGCUUGUGCGUUUUUGUGAUGAUGGCUGUAGUGGCUGCCAGCCUCUGGAGACGCACACAGGGACGUGCGUACAACAAACUGCAGGUGGAAACGCUGGGCUGAGAGUUUGGUUGACCAAAACGCAAGAACUCCUCGAUGUUCAAGAUGAGACUCUGGAGGUAAAUCAGGAUAAACACCUUCAUUCAAAAUGUUUAGUACACUUUUGGUUUCCUAAAUGGGGUUGUAAAAAUAUUCCUCAAGAUUGUGAGCUUCCCAAAGGUCCGUGUUGUAGUUUGCGCUCUUUGUCCCUCUUCAGUGAGUUUUCUUUCAUGCAUCAGUACAGUAUUUUUGGGUGUUGUAUAUUUAUAUACUGGCAAAUUAAAGUCUGUUUUUUGAAAGGUCAGAUUGUAAGUAUAGCUUAAGGACACAAUGCAUACUGUCCUUACAAUAUGCAUUGUUCCCUUAAAUUUUACUUGCAAUUAAAGCUCUCAAAAAAAUAGCUUUUAAUUUGUCAUGCAUUAUUGUAAAAAAGUGGUUACUGCUGAAUUGGUUUGAUUCAAUCAUAAAUAAUAAAUAUUUUGACUUUUGUACUGAAUUUUCUGAAUUUGUAUGACAAAAGGAUGUGAAUGCCAUUUCAGUUUAAAUGAUUUUUGUUUCAUACCAACAUAAUUUCACAG